AUGACUGUGAAUCUGAUUCGAAAGAUCAUUUUUCGCGAGAAUCCACGCACGAUGGCCGAUCUUCAACGCAGUCUGACCAGCCAUUGCAAACGUCUUCAUGCUUCUGAGCGAUCCGAACUGAUUAUAAUCAAUAUAGGACUGAUGAUCUCGAAAUUAGCGAGAGACGAGGUACUUCAGAAGAGAGGAGGACGUGAGCCAGAACCACUGUAUUCGCUAUGGCGGGACGAUGAUGAGACGAUGGAGCGGUUGAAGAAUGCGGAUAUGAAGAAGAUUCGCAAAGACUUGCAGGCUUCUAUCAAGGAGCUCUCAACAGAGAUCGAGUCGUCGCGUGAGUGCAUUGCCUCCCAAUCCACCGAACUCCUCUUCAACAAUGACAUCGUAAUGGUGCACUCCCUGGCCACCUCUAAAACCAUGCACUCCUUCCUAACCCACGCCGUCAAAUCUGGCAGAAAACAUCGUGUGAUCGAUGUCGUCGACGAGGAGGAGCAUCUGGAGACUGCUCCUGACUUCGUCACCCCCAUCGAGCUAUUCGAAGUGGCCUCCAGAAUGCCGGAGACGUCGAAAGUGGUGCUCGUGGCUGCUGCGUACUUCCCGGAUGGCUCCUGUUUGGUUCCAGCCGGAGGACAUCAGAUUGCUCUUCUGGCUAAGCGACACUGUGUACCUGUCUAUGUUCUGGCUCCGUUCUACAAGCUCUGUCCGUUCUUUAUGACUGAUCCUGCGUCUCUUCACUCUUUCCGUUCCAAUACACUGCCUUUUGAUAUGUCUGCCAACUCGGCUGGACAUGUCGACUGUCUUCAUCCCGCUUUUGAUGCUCUACAGUCCGACCUGGUGACGCUCUUCGUCUCGAACACUUCAUGUAUCAUUCCGUCGCAUGUCAAUCGUCUCAAAGAGGACUACUAUCAUUCACAGGAUAUCGCUGAUUUCUGA